AUGGAAGUGGCAAAUUCUUCUUCUUUGGGUGUGAAGAUUAUUGAUAUUGCUGAUGAUAACGAUGAUGUUUUAGUGAUAUAUGAAACCCAAAAAGCUUCAAAAGGUAAAAGAAAAAAGUUUAUUAAACCAAUUUCAGUAGAAAAUUACUUUUGUUCAAAACCUAGCUGCAGUGGUUCAAAAAAAGUGAUGAUUGAUCUUUCUGAUGAUGAAAUUGAGUUUUUGGGUACCAAAUUUGUACAAAAAUCGAAAGGGGUUUCGAAUAUCAAGUCCAUUGUUAUCGAUGAUGAUGUGAAUGAGUUGGUUGAUAAGUUGUUUACUUGUGAUAUUUGUGUUGAUGAAAAAUGUGUUAAUGAAGUUUUCAAGAUCAGUGGUUGUAGUCAUUCUUAUUGCAAAGAAUGUAUGGCAAAGUAUAUUGGUAUGAAGCUUCAAGAAAAUAUAUGUCGAAUUUCAUGUCCUGUUUCGGGUUGUAAUGGACAAUUAGAGCCAUAUAAUUGUCGUUCGAUUUUGCCCAAGGAAGUUUUUGAUAGAUGGGGAGAUGUGUUGUGUGAGGCAAUGAUUAUGGCUUCGGAGAGAUUUUAUUGUCCGUUUAAGGAUUGUUCUGCGCUUCUUUUGAUUGAUGAAAAUGGUAAGGAUUCUGUUGUGAUUCAGUCCGAAUGUCCGGAAUGUAGGAGGUUGUUCUGUGCCAAGUGUAAAGUUGCUUGGCAUUCGGGGAUUGUAUGUGAAGAAUUUCAGAAGUUGAAUAAGGACGAGAGGGAAAGAGAGGAUUUGCAGCUAAUGCAACUUGCUAAGGGUCAAGCAUGGCAGAGAUGUCCGCGGUGUAGGAUAUAUGUCGUGAGAGCUGCUGGUUGCGCCCAAAUGGUUUGUAGGUGUGGAUGUGGCUUUUGUUACAAAUGUGGAGCUGAGUCAACUAAUCACCAUUGCAAACGCUGUGGUACUUAAAGACGUAUUUCGUUUGAACUUAUUAGUAUUGUUCUUUCUUCUUUUUGUUCCCAAAAUUACGAGUCCUCUGUAGAUGUAGCACUCUGCUUAGAAUAUAAUUGCGAGU